CAUUGUUAGUUGUUGGGGGUGAUUGGCCACUUCUCUCUUCUCGCGCUCUUCCUCAUCGAGCGAGAAAGAGAACACAAAACACACAAACAAAUCCACCAAAAUUCUCCAUUUCCAAAUUCCACCACACACACAAAUUCCCUCUACCCAUUUCCUCGAUCCCCUCUACUCAUCAAUCAUCUCCGCCCCAUCCCCCAAAUUCCGCCUUUGGCACCGCCGCCCAUGAAAUUCCCUCCGCCGUUGUUUCGAUUUAGGGUUUGGCCUUGUUCGAUGCUAUCUCUCCCCUGACAACUCCCUCGCCGGUUCGCUUUCGCAGGGUUAGGGCAAUUAGGCAAAUGGAAGGGUCGGGUGGCAAUCUGGACUCGUUUAGAGCUUCUCCGGGAAGCAGUAGUAAUAGGCGUUAUGGGGUGUUAUCGGCUUCCAAUAUCAUUCAGGCGCCAAUUUCUACCUUGUUGGAGUACUCGGGUAUUCUCCGCGGCCGCGCUAAUCACCAAGAAGGCGAGUCUUUGAUUAACGGGCGUAGCGCUGCUGCAUUUAGGGAUCACCAUCAUAGUCAGCUAGAUCAGGCACCGACAACGACAAGCAAUGACGGGGAGGUUUCUAUUAGGAUAAUUGGUGCAGGGGAACAGGAGCAUGAUAGGGAAGGACCUGGGAUAGUAGCUGGACAGUUGAGGGAAGUUACUGCACCGCCAAAUGAUGUUUCUGUACCACCAAUGGCUGGGGUGGCCUCUGUAGCAUUGGGAACGGAGGAGGUGGGUCAGACAGAUGGCAGAACAGAUCGUAGUUUGGGAGAGGGAAUUCCCCAAUCGUUAAAUGGAAGUGCUGCUGGAGAAGGAGGUGAUGGAGCUGGGGCUAAUGGCAGGGAUUCUUCUUACCAGAGAUAUGACAUUCAGCAGGUUGCUAGGGGGAUUGAACAAGUCCUGCCCUUCUCCUUGCUUCUAUUGGUGGUCUUCAUCCGCCAGCAUUUGCAAGGUUUCUUUGUUACAAUUUGGAUUGCUGCCAUUAUGUUCAAGUCAAAUGAUAUAUUAAAGAAACAGACAGCUUUGAAGGGAGAGAGGAAAAUCGCAGUUCUAAUAGGCAUUUCUCUUGCAUUCGUGUUGCAUGUGGUUGCUGUUUACUGGUGGUACCAGAAUGAAGAUCUUUUGUAUCCAUUAAUUAUGCUUCCUCCUAAAGUUAUACCACCCUUCUGGCAUGCUGUUUUCAUCAUCAUGGUGAAUGACACAUUGGUCCGGCAGGCAGCAAUGGUGCUGAAGUGUUUUCUAUUAAUGUACUACAAAAACAGUAGAGGCCGAAACUAUCGUAAGCAGGGUCAAAUGCUUACUCUGGUUGAGUAUCUACUGCUCUUGUACCGUGCCUUGUUGCCAACACCAGUGUGGUAUCGGUUCUUCUUGAACAAAGAAUAUGGGAGUCUCUUUUCAUCACUAAUGACAGGGUUAUAUUUGACUUUCAAGCUCACAUCUGUUGUUGAGAAGGUACAAUCCUUCUUUGCUGCAUUGAAGGCAUUGUCACGUAAGGAGGUGCACUAUGGGGCAUAUGCAACAUCAGAACAGGUCAAUGCAGCUGGCGAUUUAUGUGCUAUUUGCCAGGAGAAGAUGCAUGCUCCUAUCCUACUGCGAUGUAAACACAUCUUUUGUGAGGACUGUGUAUCAGAGUGGUUUGAGAGGGAGCGGACGUGCCCGUUAUGCAGAGCUUUGGUUAAACCCGCAGAUAUCAGAUCAUUCGGCGAUGGAUCAACGAGUUUGUUUUUCCAGCUGUUCUGAAGCAACCAUCCACUGUAAAAAAAAGAAACCCGAAGAGUUUUUCUGUUUUGGAGCUCCAGCUCAUAUUGGAAGCAGCCGUCUCCCAAAUCCAUAUCCUCAUAACUAUACACUGGUAUAUUCGAUUGUAAUUUUUGGUCUGCCUUGUUCACGUCUUGCCCUCGCAAAAAAAUUAGAACGGUCGGGUAUAACUGAACUUGGUACUGUUCAUACGUCGUAUUGAGAAAAUGUCAAAUGUAUGUAAUGCGCCAAUUUAAGCAACAGAAGUUGUUUUGAUUA